AUGGCUGUCUGCGAUCUCUUCAAACCUCUCGCUUUCAAACGAGGCCCGUCGCUCAAGAACCGGAUGAUCCUGGCUCCCUUGACCAACUGGCAAAGUAACGUUGACGGCACAGUCUCUAAAGAGGAUGAACAUUGGCUACAACAAUGCGUCAAAGGCGGCUUCUCGAUGAUCAUGACUGCCGCAGCCAAUGUUCAUGCGGAUGGCAAGACGUUCCCAGGACAAUUGGGCAUUUAUCACGACAGACAUCUGGAAGGCUUGAAACGGGUGGCCGACAUGAUCAGAGAAAAUGGGGCUACGUCGUCUGUCCAGCUUCACCAUGGUGGCGCGCGAGCUCAGAAGUCACUUGGAUCUGAUCCCGUUGGUCCAUCCGCUGUUCCGGAGAUGGGAGUUCGCGCACUCUCUCUCGAAGACGUUGAAACACUUCGAGAUGACUAUGUCAGGGCAGCCAAGCGCGCCGAGAUGGCUGGAUUCGAUGGCGUCGAAGUUCACGCCGCGUUCGGCUGGGUGUUGAGCCAAUUCCUGUCACCCACGUACAACUAUCGCACCGACCGCUACGGAGGCUCUCUGGAAAACCGCGCCAGAUUGUUGUUCGAAGUCAUUGAUCGCAUUAGAGCCACAUGCCGUCCCGAUUUUCAGAUUGGACUCCGUCUCUCGAUGGAGCGCCACGGCCUACACUUGAAAGACAUUCGGGACGUUGCAGCAAGGGCAAUGAAGGAAGAGCAAAUCGACUACUUGGACCUUGCUCCUUGGGACUUUCGAAAGCUUGCGCAAGAUGACCCGUAUCAAGGACAGACACUGCUGAGUGUUUUUACUGACCUGCCUCGAUCGUCUGUGCGCUUGGGUGUGUCCGGCAAGAUCCUUGGGGCGCAAGAUGCGGCCGACGCACUUGCAGCAGGCUGCGAUUUUGUCAUGAUAGGCAAAGCCGCUAUUCUCCAAUCUGAUUUUCCACAACGAGUGGAGAUGGAUCACCAGUAUCACGCGCCAGCAUUGCCCGUUACGAGAGACUACCUGAAAGAGCAGGGUCUGAGCGCAAACUUCAUCGCAUACAUGGAGACGUGGGACGGGUUUGUUCAGAUUACGUGA